AUGUCCACCCAAGCAGCCCAGGGCAUCCUCUUCACACACGCCACCCCCCAACAAGGCUUUAAGCUCCUUGAACUCCCCUCGGAAUUAGUCGAGUUGAUCUCGAAUGAAGCGCCCAUACUCGAACUAAAAUCCCCUCCUCCCUCACAGGCGCAAUCCCAAUCCGAAUUCGACGAAGCCCCCGACUACGUCCACCUCUGCACCCCCGAUAAAACCUACCAAGUCCGACAAGUCCAGUCUUCGAAUUCGCUACAUAUCCUCCGACCAAGUACCAAUACCGCUAUCGUGGAGAACGAGGUCAAAAACAAUGACGACGAUGACAUGGACAUGGACAUGGACAUGAACACGGAGACAAUGACAUCCAUUGCGAAUUGCGGCUCGACACUGGAACUGUUUAUGCCGAAAGAGGGGUUUUCCGCAGUUCCAUUUUUGGUGAAGACACUGGGUUUUUAUCUGGGAAGUGAAGAUAGGGAGGAUGUGGAUGUGGAUAUGGCUGAUGAUGCUGAGGGCGAGUACGCGAGAAAUGCGAGAAAUGCGAUGAAUGCGCUUUUCGCUGAUAUCCCGGUCUCCAAGGCACAAUGUGAACAGGGCUGGGUGGAACUUUGUGCAUUUGUCUUCCAUUCAAAUUCCAGCACAAAUAAUCCCGGUGCCAAUUGCUGGCGGCCGUCUGCGACAGUCAAAGUCGAUGUCUGGAAGAGAGUCGUGGAGGGCGCGGUGCUACAGGGGAUCAACCUGGAGCAACAAUUCCUGGUCAAAGACCUGUGGAAAUCAGUCCUAGAUGAUAAUGGCGAGGAACCGUUUCCGCGAGGCCUGUUCGAGGCGGUUUUGAGGAGGGUUUGUGAGGCUGAUUCUACUGCUUCCGGGGCGGCUAUGCAAUGGGCGAACAUUGAAAAACCACGUUGUAUACAGUGGAUCGGCGAGACAUACCUAGAAGCAAAAGCGCCCACUGCGAUGUCUGCUCUCGGACGCAGCGAGUUUCUCAAUGCCUGGAAAGAUCAUCUUCCGGAGUCGUGGAGGAGCGAAGUUGCGUUUUCCAAGUUACCUGAGGGAUCGUACAAGCUCCCUGAUCCGACGUCGAUCUGUUUCGUGCAUGAAGGCGAUCGACAAAAGUUGAAGAAGAACUUAUCCACAGAUGCUAGUGCUGCUACUACGGCCAAGAAGUCCAGGAACUGGCAUGAAUUGUUCAAGAACCAGCGCCGGCGUUAA